AUGGAGACGCUGGAAGGAGAUGAACUCUGCUUUCCACAACUCCUCAACAGCUCCUGCAGGAAGCCAAGGCGUCCUCACACUGGCGUUACGCUCUUCUAUUUUCUGUCCCUCAUCUCUGUGUUCACUACAGCUCUCAACCUGCUGGUCAUCAUCUCCAUCUCCCACUUCAGGCAGCUCCACACCACCACCAACCUCCUCCUCCUUUCCCUGGCUGUCUCAGACUUUCUCGUGGGCCUCAUAGUGAUGCCGGCUGAAAUCAUCUUAGCUGAGACCUGCUGGUUUUUGGGUGAUCUCAUUUGUGCUGUCUAUUAUCUUUUACCCUUCAUCAUUGUCUCUGCCUCAGUAGAAAGCAUGGUGCUCAUAUCAGUCGACCGCUACGUGGCUAUUUGUUACCCUCUGCAUUACCCCAACAAAGUCACUUUUAAGAGAGUCCGAUUAGCCAUAAGUCUGUGCUGGAUCUGCUCUCUUCUUGUUAGCAUUGUUAUUUUAUAUGAUCACCUGAAAAAGCCAGGCACGUACAACUCUUGCUAUGGAGAAUGUGUGGUUGACAUUGCAGGUGAUGUGGAUCUUGUUUUGAAUUUUAUUAUACCCAUUUCCAUCAUCAUAAUUCUGUACAUGAGGGUGUUUGUGGUGGCUGUCUCUCAAGCUCGGGCCCUGCGCUCCCACAUCACAGCUGUCACACUGCAGCGUUCACGGACUGUAACAGAUAAGAGGUCUGAGCUGAAAGCAGCCAGGACUCUUGGUAUUGUCGUGGCCGUGUUUCUGAUGUGUUACUGUCCAUAUUACUGUCUCGCUCUCACAGGUGGCACAAUAAUGAUCGGCUCCUCAGCAGAAGCCUUUAUGAGUUUUCUGAUGUAUUUUAACUCCUGUCUCAACCCUGUGAUUUAUGCCUUUUUCUACCCUUGGUUUAGAAAGGCUGUUAGACUCAUUGUUACGCUUCAAGUAAUGCAGCCCGGAUCCUGUGAGGCAAACAUACUGUAA